AUGCCAGCCUCAGACAAGAAGCAGACAAAGAAACAAGUAGAGCAAGAAGAAUCUGACUCUGAAGAGCUUUGCUUUAUUUGUACUGAACCAGUAAUCACCUACGCAGUGGGUGAAUGUGACCAUAGAACUUGUCAUCGUUGCGCUCUUCGUUUAAGAGCUUUGUAUGAGACCAAAAACUGCACUUAUUGUAAAGCUGAACAAACGGUCGUCAUUUUCACAAAAGAAGCCGAGAAACCGUUUGGUGACUAUGUAGAAAGCGAUACACCUUUUGUAGAUAAGAAGCUAAACAUCAAGUUUGAAACACAAGAUAUGUACAGGGAUUCGAUUAAUAUGCUAAAACAUAAUUGCCCUGAGAAAGAUUGUGCCGAGUGCUCCAAUAAUUGGCCAGAAUUAAAGCUUCAUGUUAGAAAGGAACAUAACCUCAACUUUUGUGAUCUUUGCAUAGAUCAUAAAAAAGUAUUUCCCUUUGAACACACCUUGUAUACCUCUGAGCAGCUGAUACAGCAUUACAAAGAAGGAGAUAAGAAGUUUAUCAAGAACGAUGAAAGUGGAUUCUCUGGUCACCCUGAAUGUCAAUUUUGUAAAAAGUACUUUUUCGGAAGCGAUGAAUUGUAUGUACAUUGUCGAGAUAACCAUGAACAAUGCUUUCUUUGUGUAAGAAAUGGAGUACGUCAUCAGUAUUAUGUCAAUUACGCCAGUCUCGAGCAGCAUUUCAAGAAGGAUCAUUACAUGUGCCUGUACCCUCAGUGUCUCGAAAAGAAGUUUAUAGUGUUUGAUUCAUCAAUAGAUCUGAUAGGACAUGAAGUAGAGGUUCAUGGAGAAAGCACAUCUGGAUUACAGAGAAGUAUGCAAAUGGGUGCACGUCGAAUCGAUUUAAACUUUCAGUAUGACCAACCAAGGCCAUCUCGUGCCAAUGGAAAUAGGAGCGAAAACACCAGGAGCAAUAGUACAGGCACCAGUAGCAGUGCAUCAUUAUCCACGAACGAUUUCCCCAGUAUACAGAGUACCGCACGCUCUUCAAAUGCUACAGUCGCAACUCAAUCUCGGGCUGUUCCUGGAGCGUCCAUUCGAAAAAAGAAUAAGCAAAAGGCAGUGCAGAAACCUACUGGAUUUGGAGCCCUUUCUCCUGCUGAAACUGGAUCACCUUCGACCUCAGGCACGGUUACACCUGAUGCCACAGGCUCAUCAACUGCGGAGACAUCUGUAGUAGCAUCACAUGCAGCAUUUUUAGCAAAGCUUGAGGAUAUAUUACAAAGCAAGCAGAAAGUAACCGAAUUUAGAAAAUUAACAGGUGCCUUUAGAAAAGGCACGAUUGAUGCAGAUGCUUAUGUAAAUCAAGUUGUCUUAUUGACAAAUAGCCAUGUUGAAAAAUCAAACAAGAUAUUCAAGGGCGUAGAGAAUUUGUUAGAUAUUGAAGAAAAGAAAUGGGAAAUGAUCCGUGCCUGGAGAAAUAAGCAUACGGCGAUGACCCAAUUUCCUGCACUAGAAUCAAGCGGACGACCAGCUUCAAGCACAAUUAAAAAAUCUAGAGUGUUGGUGAUAAAGGAAACCAAGACCAACAAACCAAACAAGUCAGUACAAAAGACUGCCUGGAGUAGUAGUAAUGGUAGUAGCAGUGGUAGCAGUAGUACUACUACUAACAGUAAAUCGACAAAAAAGUCAACAAGUAAUAAUAAUAAUAACAAUAAUGGAUCCAGUACAAGCCGGCAUGGUUCGCCUACGUCAACACCUAGUUCUAGUACACCUACUCUUUUAGAGAAUCAAGCAUUCCCAUCUCUACCUACCGCAGCACCUAAACAUCGAGAAGUAUUAAAUAUAAGACGUAAUACACAGAGAACACGAAAUGCUUGGGAUGGAAAUACCAGCCAGAUAGAAGAAGAUGAUCAAGUGAGUGAUUCAUCCAUAGACAAGAAGAAGAAGGGUAGAAAAAAUAAAGUGUUGCUGAGAGUUGGCCUAUAA